AUGACCUCCUCCGAAAUUAAAAUGCAGUUUGACAACUUGGUGCAAAGUGAAUGUGCUUCAUCGGGAUACAACGGUAUCAGUAGUGGUUCAAACACGAUAUCGGAAUUAGAUGCCGCCAAAGCAUUACUAGACCUUCGCGGACAAAUUUUUCAUUUUAAUGCUGGUGGCAUCUGGACUCGCGAAACUGAAGAAAUCGAAGAGCCUUCGACUGCAUCAAAACUUUUCAACAGACUCUACACUAUUACACCUAAAAGACACAAAUAUGAAAGUGCUGAUCAAAACACAGAGGAAACCCCUGCUAAAACCACAAGGGAAUGGGAAACCCAAACAGACGUUAGAAAUCGUUUACCCGAAAUCGAGGAGAUGGAUACUGUAAUCAAGGGACUCUUUAAGAGAUUGGAGGUACUACAAUCCCAAGUAGGAUCUAAAGUAUUAAAAGUUGAUUCGACCGCAGAAACGGCGGCGACCAGCGAUAACCGAUCUGAGACCGACUCUCGGAAAACCUACAAACGUAAGCGUAAAAUUUCUGAUUUCGAUGUAACUCCAAGUUAUAGAAAAUACAGAAAGAGCGAUUUCCAAUCCAAAAUAUCAAACACAAGGACCAAAAAUUUCAGCAAAACGAUUGGAGAAUUGGUCCCUAUAGGAGACGGUAAUGCUGUGGUGCCUGCUACACUUUUGAAAAACAUGGACUGGACUUCUUACACCAAUUCUUCGAGGAAAUUGUUAACAGCAGUUUUUCCUCGCAACGUUCUCGCGACCCACUCCCUGACUGGCAAACGUUCGCCCGCAUUCCCAAACAAAGCUGCUAAGAAGAAACUGGAGCCAGCCUUAGUCAAUGACAUCGUGCAAACCGUGAUGGAACGGUGUAAGGUACCCGAGAACUUUGUCAGAACAAGCAUUACCACAAAAUGUUCGGACGAAAGUAAGAGAGUGCGUAACGGAAAUAGUAAAAAGAAAAAACUGAGGCCUUAG